CUUAAUUUUAUCCGAGAAACCUUUUUUUCCAUUAAAAUAUGGAAUCUUUUGACCGGAUCCGGCAAUUAUCCCUAUCGAGAAAAAGAGCCAAUCAGAUGACCUGUUACAUAUAGCGAGAAUGUGUAUGCAACUGUAGUUUAGUUGCUACCAUAGUCCAGAUUUGUAAUGGGUCGUACAAAGGGUUCAGGUGGUGGAGGAAGCAAGACCAUGCCACCAGAAGGUCAGAGUCCUGCCUCCUCUGAAGUGAGCACAUCAAGCUCAGUUGCCUCGGCAGAACUAAGGAUCAAAGAUAACUUAAAAGAGUUAUUCAACUUGAUUCAUCAAGUUCAGGAGGAGAGAACAAGAGGGGAGAACAAUUUGACAAAUAUUGCUAAAACUCACGAAAGAAUGCAGCAAGAACAAAAAAUUACACCUUACUACAAGAACAAACUACGAGGAUUGUAUAAUAAUGCUAUGCAAGAUGCUGAAGGGGAAGCAGAAUUACUACGUAAAGCUUUAGACAAAAUCACAGAAAUCAAAGCUAUAAGAGAAAAUAGGAGAUUUGAUUCAGAUCGUCCAAAGCCCAUUAUGAGACGUGGUGUUUUGAUGAGUAUGCUACAACAAAAUGCUGUUACACUGCCAUUAUGGGUUAGCAAACCUGGAGAAAAACCUCCGCCUCUAUGUGGUGCAGUAUCGGCAGAUAACAACUAUGUGGCAAAGCCAGGAGAUAAGGUAGCGGCCAGGGUUCGAUCUUCUGAUGGAGAAGAAAAUUGGAUUCUUGCAGAGGUUGUAACCUUUAACACAAGCACAAACAAAUAUGAAGUGGAUGAUAUAGAUGCAGAGGAGGGAAAAGAACGGCAUACACUAAGUAAAAGAAAGAUAGUCCCCCUUCCUAUAUGGAAGGCCUCACCAGAGACAGAUCCCGAGGCAUUGUUUCCUAAACAUACAUUGGUGCUAGCUUUAUAUCCACAAACUACAUGUUUCUACAGAGCUCUUAUACAUGAACCACCAAAAAAGCCACAAGACGAUUAUUCAGUAUUGUUUGAGGACACUUCCUAUCCAAAUGGUUAUUCUCCACCUUUGAUGGUGGCUCAAAGAUACGUUAUAAUAUGUAAAGAGGACAAGAAGAAAUAGCAGUUUCCUCCACAUUUAUGGACAUUAUUUAAUUUAAAUGACCUUUUAUCAUAUUUUACUCUUAGGUCCUGACAAUGAUAGCAAUGUCAUAAAAUCUGACAUAAAAAGGACACCAAAGUUUCUGUGUUUUGACAUCCUUUUAUGCAUUGUGGGAAACUGUGGUAUUUUGCAUUGUGGGAAACUGUGGUUUUGUGAUUAUAAAAACAUAACAAUGAAAUGGUUGUGAUAAUGUCUUUUUCAAAUUUAGUGUUCAGUGAUCCAAAGAAAACGUAUGAUAUUGUAGAUUGGGUAAUUUGCUUCUUCCUUAUAUUUCAUGAUUUUAUAGGCAACAGACGUCAUGUAUGGUGCUUAAUACUAAAGAGUAUCUAAAUUUGCAUAUCACUCUUGCAAAUAUUAGUAAAAACAAAACAAUAUGUGAAUCUUAGAACAUGCAUUAGCAAAAAAAAAAUGCGAAUUUGAGAAUAUUAACGUUAACAAAAACCACUGUGAAUUUGAUCCAAUCUACAGUAUGAAAGGUUUAUGGUCAUCAAUAUUUGAGCCGUGCCAUGGGAAAACCAACAUAGUGGCUUUGCGACCAGCAUGGAUCCAGACCAGCCUGCGCAUCCGCGCAGUCUGGUCAGGAUCCAUGCUGUUCGCUUUCAAAGCCUAUUGCAAUUAGAGAACCUGUUAGCGAACAGCAUGGAUCCUGACCAGACUGCGCGGAUGCGCAGGCUGGUCUGGAUCCAUGCUGGUCGCAAACCCACUAUGUUGGUUUUCUCAUGGCACGGCUCAUUUUAUGUCUGAAAUGCAAACUUAGACUUUAAAGUGCUAAAAUUUCAAUUUGCUUUUUUUCUUAUAUAAAAUGAUGACAAAACUUGGCAUGAAGAAAGUUACAAGAAGGCAUGCAAAUUUUCAGACUUAAUAUGUUGAUAAAUCUGGAUGCAACCAAUAGAGAUUUUACACUGUCAGAAGGGAGUUGGAGAAGAAUUGUGCAAUACAUGAACUUUGUUAAAUAUUUAGGGCAGUUUUCUUUUUAUAACUGUAACAUGUCUACCUGUUUUGUUCAUUGUUUCUUGUCAUGUUUUGUUAUGUAUUAUGUUUUGGAUUUGUUUAACUGUGUUCAUUUAUAUUGCUAUGAAAUGAAUGCUCAGAAUUGACACUGUUUAUUUCGUAAACUUUCAUUUUUAAAAUAGUAGAAAAUGUAAAAUGAUAAAGAAGUUACAGUCAUUGUAUUUGUAACAUAAAGGAUUUUAUUCUUUCUUUUAAGGUGAUUCUGCAUGUUCAGAUCAAUUUAUUUUCUACAAUGUAGAACUUGAUUGACCCUGAUUUCUUCAGAACUUCGGAAUAUAUUUGUUUUUGCUAAACUGAUUUCAAAAUUUUUAAUCUCACACAAGUUUUUGUGAUGAGCAUCUAAAGAAAAGUCAAUUUUUGAAACAUUUUCAUGAUUUUUAGCUCAUCUGAUUUUUUGAAAAAAAAUGAUGAGUUAUUGUCAUCACUUGAGCGGUUGUCGGCGUCGGCAUUGCCUGGUUAAGUUUUAUGUUUAGGUCAGAUUUUCUCCUAAACUAUCAAAGCUAUUGCAUUGAAACUUGGAAUACUUGUUCACCAUCAUCAGCUUACCCUGUAUAACAAGAAACAUAACUCCAUCUUGCUUUUUGCAAGAUUUAUGGCCCCUUUUGUACUUAGAAAAUAUCAGAUUUCUUGGUUAAGUUUUAUGUUUAGGUCAACUUUUCUCCUAAACUAUCAAAGCUAUUGCUUUGAAACUUGGAAUACUUGUUCACCAUCAUAAGCAGACCCUGUACAUCAAGAAACAUAACUCCAUCUUGCUUUUUGCAAGAAUUAUUGCCCCUUUUGGACUUAGAAAACCAGUUUUCUUUGUUAAGUUUUAUGUUUAGGUCAGCUUUUAUCCUAAACUAUCAAAGCUAUUGCUUUAAAACUUGCAACACUUGUUCACCAUCAUAAGCUGACCCUGUACAGCAAGAAACAUAACUCCAUCCUGCUUUUUGCAAGAUUUAUGGCCCCUUUUGGACUUAGGAAAUAUCAGAUUUCUUGGUUAAGUUUUAUGUUUAGGUCAACUUUUUCUCUUAAACUAUCAAAGCUAUUGCUUUGAAACUUGCACCACUUGUUCACCAUCAUAAGCUGACCCUGUACAGCAAGCAACAUAACUCCAUCCUGCUUUUUGCAAUAAUUAUUGCCCCUUUUGGACUUAGAAAAUCAUUUUCUUAGUUGAGUAUUAUGUUUAAGUCAACUUUUCUAAUAAACUAUCAAAGCUGUUGCUUUAAAGCUUGCAACAGUUUUUCACCAUGAUAAGUGGACAUUGUACAUCAAGAAACAUAACUCUAUCCUGCUUUUUGCAAGAAUGAUGGCCCUUUUUAGACUUAGAAAAUCAUGGGUAGGACAAUAUUUCUAUUAUACAAAAAAAAUCAGAUGAGCGUCAGCACCCGCAAGGCGGUGCUCUUGUUUUUCUACAUUGUAAAUUUUAAUGGAACUGGUCACAGUUGUAAAUACACAUUUGGGCUAAGAAAUAAAAUAAUUAGAUCCUUGGGCUUUUUUUAUUGUUGUAUAUUACACACUGAUUUUAAGACCUGUCAUACUGGACAAUUCCAUGGUUUUGCUUUCUCUGUUAAAUAAGUAGAUUUGGAUGCUUAAAUAGAUCUAGUUCAUUUAGUAGACCUUUUUUAGUGUGUUGGUGCGCCGUAAAACCCAAAUAAAUAAAUAAAUUUUAGUAUCCAGCACAGAAUUUAUAUUAGAUAAGGACUAAGCUGAAAUUUAUUUCACUAAAGAAUUAUAUAUAGAAUUAAAAGAAACUAUAUUGUGAAGUCAUUCUGUUAUAAAAGUUCCUGGUUUUAGUUACAGCAGUUUUUUUCCACAAGGACAUGAACUUGUAGAAUGUAAAUUUUAAUGUUUAAAUUGAAGGAAUUCCUUUUUAUACAGGAUUUGAUUUCAUCUAAUGAUGCAGCCAUGAAAAAUUAAUCCCCUAGGAAUAUAUAGGCUUUCACCUCAGUCUAUACCAUCAGUACGCCUCCAACUUCAUUAUGCGGUAUGGUCUAAACCAUUCUUUCAAUGUUUACUAAUCAGUCAGGCUGCCGAAAAUGUGCUCCAAAAUACUUUUAGAAAUUAGAUAUCUCUCAAAGAGUAGUCGCCUCAUUCACAAGACAACCUAUUCAGCAGGGGACAUAAAUUUACUGAAUUUGCUUUUGUUACAGCCUUUCCUGUUCAUGAAAAUUGAAAAUUUUUCGUUGAAGUGGGAUAUCUGUACAUGUGCAAAGGCAUCUUAACCUUUAGCCUGCUGGCGGCAACUGGUUUUACCUUUGCGACCAGUGCAGACCAAGAUCAGCCUGCACGUCCAUGCAGGUUGGUCGUGCAGGCUGAUCGUGGUCUGCACUGUUCGCUAUUCAGUCAGAAAAGUUUCAGUGAAGAUCCCUUUAAAUGAUAAAUGGUACUGCCCAAAUUGAAUGACGGACCAGUCCAUUUUAGAAAUUUAACAGAGUAAAGGUUAAUAUGAUAACAUCAUUAUCUUUGCCUUGUUUUUCAAUGAAAGUAUAUUUUGCAAGAUGGCGUCUUGUAAUAUAGUUCUGACACAUUUUAUCAGUCGAUUUGUUGGGAAAUUUAUACACCAUGCCAUACAUAAAAUAGAAAACAAUAAACUGUUUUAAACAAUU